AUGAACAUUGAACCCAAACCCGAACCCGGUUUACCAGCGUGGUCCAUUCCCACAAACCCUAACAACUUCGAAAACAAAUCGAUUCAAGAACUUAUCAGCAUUUUGCGCGGAACGUAUCAAAUUGAAAUUUUUGAUAUCGUUGAAGGUGUUUUGGUGGGUAGGGAUACGAGGGUCAGAGAGGAGAUUCAACGGUUGCAAGAGAAUGUUGAUUUGGAGAGAGGAAGGCUUGAAGAGGAGCUUCACUUUGAGAGACUCUCGAGGAUUCAGGCGGAGGUGGAUUUUGGGAAAAGGGAAGAAAUUUAUGAGAAAGAGAAAGGAAGGUUGAAGGAAAGUUAUGAGUCUUUGAUGAGGGAAGUUAAGGUGAAUGGGUUAGCUGAAGGGGUUAGGAUUAGAGAGCUGAGAGAGAAGAACAGUAAGUUGGAGUGUGAAGUUAGGAAUUUGAAGGAGAAAUGUGUUGAGGAUGGGAAGGAAAUUGAGGUGUUAAGAGUGAAGAAUGAUGGGUUGGAGGUGGAGGUUUUAGGGUUGAGGGAGAUGAAGGGAAAAUGGGAGGAAGAUAGAAAUGAACUUGGUGUGUUGAGAAAGAUGGUUCGUGAUUUGGAGAAUCAGAUUACGGAGUUGAGGAAAUCGAAGAAAAAAUGGUUGGAUGAUAGUGUUGAGCUCGAUGUGGUUAAGAGGAAGGUUCGUGUGUUGGAGGGUGAGAAAGAUGCUUUGGUUAAACUUGAGAUUAAGAAAGAUGAAUUGGAGGGAUCAGUGAAGAAGAAUUUGGGAACUAUAAGUGAGUUGAGGAAGGAAAACAGAAAUUUGGGCGAUGAGAAGAGACGGUUUGAGAAAUUGCUCGAGUCUUCGAAUGCGAAGUUUCACGGACUGAAUGAAAGAGUUGAAAAAUUGGAGAAUGAUAUUAUCCUUUUGCUGAGUGUUGAGGCUUCUGGUGAUAGAAAGAAUGAGGGGGAACCUGCUGCUGAUCCUAUGGUUGCUGAUGUUCGUGGCAAUGAGUUUCGAAAUGACACUGUGGAGGAAGCUGCUCCUUUGCAAAGAGAUGAAGUUGCUCACCAUUCUCUUGGAGAUGCUGCCGGUACUCAGCCACUGAACAAAGGGGACAAGGAUGCUCAUGUUGCAUCACCAGGUGAGAAGUGUUACUUGGUAUACACAAGAAGGCUCAAGAAAACAGUUGAGGUGACAGGGUCUAGUGAAAGUAAGGGAACAAAGCAAUUGGGAAAGAAUAUUGAGAUCAUAAACCUUGAUGAUGAUGAUGAUGAUGAUGAUGAUCAGUGUAUGCCUCAAGGAGUACAUGAAAGGAAGGCUGUUUCUGGAAAUGCGAUGAAGAUUGAGGAUCCUACUCCAAGUUCUACAGUUGCAUGGCAACAACAAAUCAAGCCUGCAAAUCCACUUGACCUGAUAAAAAGAAAAAUUUCUUUCAGCGACAGUGAAAGCUCUAGUUCUGCAUCCUCCUUUGAUGCAUCGUUUCUUGAUAAUCUUGCAAUAAGCUCAGCAGUAUCACAUGCUAAAAAGAGAAAAAUGUAG